GAUGUUGGUCUCAUUUUCGAUCCACUUCAGUUUUAUUUCUGCAAAGUUCACGCUAACAUCAAACUGAGCAGACGGAAUUUAGUGAUUAUUUUAUGGGGUGCUGGCGAAAACCUCAAAGAAAAUUCUUGAAAACUUGACACCGUUUGCCAUAGAAAAUUUUGGUGUGCAAUAGUUAUAGCGAAAAGUUCGAAAAGCAACAACCAAGUAUUUCACAGAUUGUGAAUACUUUUAUAAUAAAAUAUCAUGCAUAAAUCGAAAAUUUACGCAAUCCUCCUUCUGGCGGUGGCUCACAUUAAUGCUGCAGACGAUAAAUGGUCUUGGUCGAAGAACAAUCCAAAUCGCGAUAGUGAUCUAAUAGACCGUGCGGAUUAUCAGGGUGGAAGUGCACGGAUACGUGUACCAACCAAUUCUCGCCCAUAUCAAAUUGAGGAAGAUCGAGUAGAGCCAACAACACCACGACCUAUUGGCUCUCCUAAUUCCCAGAAGGAUGAAUUCUACAAUGAAUUUGGAAAUCAACAAGGUGGACAGAAUGGUCAGCGUUUCAAUGGAUUCGGUCUAGCAAAUGGUCAAUUUCCACCCAACUACAAUGGUCUGGAAGGUGCGGGCGCUGGUGGACCUAAUCGAUUUGGCAAUUUUGGUCCCGGUAAUGGAGUCAAUACACAGCCAGGAUUUGGUGGCUAUGGAAGACCUGGUGGCGGCUUUGGGGGUGGCUUUGGUGGACCCGGAGGACCUGGUGGAUUUGGUGGACCUGGUGGACCUGGUGGAUUUGGUGGACCUGGUGGACCUGGUGGAUUCUUAGGUCCUAACAGGGGCAAUCCUGCCAAUGGUGUUCUCGUAGGACCCGGUGGACCCACUGGUAUUAUCGGUCGGCCUCCACCUUUCAAUCGUCCAGGUGGUUAUGGAGGAGGCUAUGGCUAUGGAGGCUUGCCAGCAGGUAGUGGAUUUGGCCCAGGUGGUCCAGGUGGUCCAGGUAUACCACCACAAGCCGGCUUCUAUCCACCCGGUUCUGGUCUCGGAAAUGGCCCAUUUGGCGGCUUUGGUGGACGUCCAGGUGGUGGUAUUGGUGGCUUUGGGGGAGCACCCUUCAACCGACCAUAUGACGACUUCCGAUCUGGUGCUCCCAGUGAGCAAACGAGGAAGGUGGAGAAAAAAUCUGCCAAUUAAGUGUCUGUGAUUCCAAAAUCAUCAUUCUCUCAUCUAACCAAAAACCAACAACAUGUACAAUGUAUUGUAGGCUUCUACCAAUUUGCCGAAAUAUACCACAAUUUUGACCAAA